GCGUUGCCACUCUGGGCAGCUGUCAGACUCAGGAGCCGCUCACCCAAACGGCGAAAACACUGGCUGGCUCACCUAGCAAGACAUAUGAGUCUCCUAUAUGUCCAAGCAGGGAUGGUCUUAUAAGUAACAGAGUCUUGCUUUUCUCCAGAGAGCUGACAUUCCCCAGCCCAUCGUCACCAUGGAGACCCCGAACAACUAUGUGCUGAUCCAUGGGAAGAACAUAUCCCAUAAUACCAUUGUGGGCUCCGCUGCUGGGGCCCACAUGUCCAUCGACAAACUGUUCCCAGCUCUCCUUGAGUGCUUUGGUAUCAUAUUGUGUGGCUACAUAGCCGGCAGGGCAGAUAUCAUCACAGAGAGCCAGGCGAAGGGUUUGGGGAACUUUGUGUCUAAGUUUGCUCUUCCAGCUCUGCUCUUUAAAAACAUGGUGUUGCUGGACUUUGGAGACGUCAUCUGGGCGUUUCUCUGGAGCGUCCUGGUUGCUAAGGUGACAGUGUUUGUGCUCGUAUGUGUGUUGACACUGAUGGUGGCCAGUCCAGACAGCAGGUACAGCAAGGCGGGUCUGUAUGCAAUCUUUGCUACGCAGAGCAAUGACUUUGCCUUGGGAUACCCCAUAGUUGAUGCUUUGUAUCGGAGCACAUAUCCAGAAUACCUCCAGUACAUCUAUCUAGUUGCCCCGGUCUCCCUCAUGCUCCUCAAUCCCAUUGGCUUCGCUCUUUGUGAGGUGCAGAAGUGGAGGCAGGCCAGCCAUGUUCAGCACAGCACUCUUGGCAUCCUGGGAGUUGUAGUCUUACAGGUGUUGAAGAACCCAAUAGUGUUUAUGGUGAUAGUGGGAAUCGUCUCCCAUUUUGCCUUGGGCCAGCGUAUCCCCGCUGUGUUGUCGGAGUUCAUAGACGGCCUGGCCAACUCCUUUGGAGGCGCAGCCUUGUUUUACCUUGGCCUCUCUAUGGUCGGCCAACUUAGAAAACUAACCAGAGACACUGGAGUUGCCUUGAUACUUCUCAUCACAGCCAAGCUCCUGGUGAUGCCCCUGGUCUGUAAAGACAUGGUGGAUAUUCUUGACGUAGGAGUCAACAGCACGAGUGCCAACCACACCAGUUUGUCCAACUUUGCUUUCCUAUAUGGAGUCUUCCCCACCGCACCUAGCGUGGCCAUCUAUGCUGCACACUACAACGUGGAGUUAGAGGUGGUAACAUCAGGGAUGGUUAUCAGUACGUUUCUGUCUGCACCGAUCAUGUACGUGUCGGCCUGGUUAUUAACAAUCCCGCUAAUGGACCCGACCCCGCUGGUGACGGAGCUUGAAAACGUUAGCUUCAACAUCAGCAUUGUCAGUCUUCUAGCACUGGUCUGGACCAUCGCUGUGAUGUUGCUCAGCAGGAAAUUUAACAGACUUCCUCACCUCUUUGCCUUAAACCUUUUCCUGGCUCAGUUCUUGGUGUGUGUCAGUAUGAUCCUGUGGAACUUCCUUGUGAAACAAGAGGAUAAUCUGCUCGGCAAAAUUCUCACCUUCACACUGCUCUACGGGUCUCUGUACAGCACCUACAUUUGGACAGGCUUAAUCCCUCUGUGUCUGGCUCUGACUAACAGAGAUGAUCUGCUGAGACUCCGACCAGGAGUGUUCAUGAUUCUGGGUUGGGGGGUGCCCUUCCUCAUGGUCGGAAGUCUUCUCAUAUCAGGAGAGAGGACUGAAACCAUGGACUCUGCCUUCUUCUAUGGCAGAGCUCAGAUAAUCAGCACAGCAGUGGUGCUUGCAGUCAGUCUGGUGCUUGGUGCAAUAUCUCUGAUGGGUCUCAGCCAGGGAGACAGGGAGCAGAGCGGCUACCAGGCCCUGAGCAGAGCUGCAGUAACAGGCAUCAACGAUGAGCUGAGGACCCCUGGUGGCUUGGAGGAUCCACAACAACCACAACAACAGACACCCACUGCAAAUUCACCUGCCUGCAGCAUCAAUUCAGACCUCCACAGUUUCUCUCCUGUCCAGACCAUACCUGACAUGAUAGCCAGCACACAAAGGGAGCACACAAACAGCACAGGCGACAGUGGGGCGCUGUGUGACGGGCAGCACCAGAGUUCUUCCUCCUCAGAGCAACCGCUAAACCUGCCGCCACCUGGGCUCCAACCCACCGACGAUAAACAGACGGUCAGACACGUCCUGCUCUGUCUGCUGCUCAGUGUCAGCCUGCUAGCGAACCUGUCCAGCUGUCUGUGGUGGUUGUUUAACAAAGAUCCAGGAAGACUUUACCUCGAACUACAGUUCUUCUGUGCCGUGGCAAACUAUGGACAGGGUUUCCUGUCCUUUGGGAUCUUUGGUCUGGACAGACACCUCAUCAUCUUGCCUUUCAAGAAAAGGUUGCUCGGCCUGUGGCACGGCAGGGACAGUGAGGAUCUGAGUCCCUCAAGUGUACCAGAGGAGGUCAGACUCACCUGCACCCAGUUUGUCCGCUACCACAAAGAUCAGUGUGUACAAGACAUAGUACACACACGCAGGUUUGGUGGAGGAGGAGGAGGACUAGAGGAGGAGAGUGGGGUCUUGAGACAUACCCCCUCCCCUCAGCCCCAGUACCUACACAUGCAUCAGGAUCUUCAGGAGCAACUAAACCAGGAGCCACAGAAUCUGCACCAGAUUCACCAAACCCACGAUCCAUCUGAACCCUGUAGCCAAUGUUCUCUUCCACCCCGACCACAGCUGGACCCCGAGACUGAACACCAAGCUCAUAUUUCCAACUCUGAUAUCCCAGAGGAGCAGAUUUCCCAGCACCGGUCCAACCAAGCUCAUGACCCAGUUGAUCCUCAACACCUACACCAGCAUGGUCCUGCUUCGUUCCCAUCCCAUCUUGAAAGUGCGUUUCGGGGCAGUGACUUGGUGGACUGGCUGGUUGAGCGGGGUCUGUGUGCUGGGAGAACCGAGGCCAAGUUGUACGGCGUUCGACUUCAGCAGGGAGGAGUGUUGGAUCAUUUGACAGGUCGGCACAGCUUCAGGGACGAAGUUACGCUGCUGUACCACUUCCCACAGGAGAGAGGGGAGGGAUGGUGCCAGAACGUGUGACAGGAAGUGAGUGGAAAUCAGAUGGAGAAGAAGAGGAGAAAGAUGAAACAGGGAAUGACGGAGAGGUGGAGGAAAAAACGGGCUUGGGGGUACGAAGCAGCAACUACCAUGGAUGAGUGGUAGUUGCAUAAAUACUGGCUUUGGAAAUGAGACAGACCCACAUCUUCUCUGAAGAACUUUCCUUGUGAUAGUAUAAUGUGUGUGAUGGUGGCAAUUGUGAUUCAUUUGCUCCGUAAAGAUGAUAUUAACUGGUACAUUUCAUAGCAUGUUUGCCUUGAUUGGCAGUUGUCUUAAGCUCCUCGUGGUGGUUGCUGCUUGCUUGUCCCCUCAGGCUUCACCCUGUGGUCGAAUAAUGAACAUUUCUAGCUCUGACUACUGAAAGACUUGGAAGUCCCCUUCAUAAAUUUACAGCUGAAAAGACACAUAGCACAAAUAUAACAUGAGACAAGGAAACUGAAAGAAGGCGAAACAAGCACUCCCUGCCAGUACUUCACCCCUCCUGGCUCUGGACCAAGCCUUUCUAACUCUCUUUUGUUUCAGUUUUUUUGCUGCUCUGAACUCAGCUGGCUUUGAUUAUUGCAUUUUGAUUUGAGUUGCCCUGAGAUGUGACCAGGAUCAAAUCGCUGUCAAAGAAGUGACAGAAAAGUCAUUUUUUUAUCUAGAUUUCUGGGAGCCAAUGAAUAUUUUCAGAGUGUGAAAUAAGUUGUUUUUGGUUUUGUUUUGUUUUGUUUUUUUAAAAAGGACAAGUUGCCAUUCACCAGCCUGUCAUCCUCAUAUAUUGUGUUAUUUUUUGUGCCAGUGGUGAGAAAACAACAAGAGCAGACCAGUAAACUGAUGGUACUGAAGGUCUGCUCUUAGCCAAUGAGCUGCCAGGCUGCUCUCACCUGCUCGCUCUGUUAUAUGUUGCCAUGUUUUCUCUCAGAUAGGAAAUCAUCCUGAACCUGCCUGUUACUUCAGUAUUUGAUAUUUUGCACGCUGUGUCUUUUAACCACUGGUCUACUCUGACUACUUGCAUGACUGAGAGCAGCACAGACUUCUGCUCGGCACUGAAACUCUUGCACUGACUGAAUAACAACAUUCAUCACGUUUUUAAAUUAUGCAACUCACUGGAUGUUUGUCUUCUGAUGAUGCUGCAAAAGAUGAGUUUUAUCUUUGCGUUAUUUAAUUGUGUCGUCGCUGUCGAUGUGAAACAUUUGUUUGGGAGCGAUUGUGGUCAUGUAAAUGGAUUCAUUCAGGCAGGGUGGAGAAUUAGCACAGAUGCCUUUUCAGCCAAAUGUGGCACAAGCUUGAUCUGAGGAUUCAGCCGAGGCCGAACCUGAAGAACUCAAGUUGUUUCGUUGCCACUAAGUUGAACCUGCAGGAUGUGAGAUUAAGUUUCUGAAACCUCAAGAAGAUGAGCCCUUUAUCUACGGUGUCUCUAUGAACCUGAACGUAGCUUACUGCAUAUUAUACACAAAACCACUACUGAACUGUUUACACUACAACUAUUUCUCUUCUGUUAAGUUGCUGUUGAUUUGUGAUACUAUGAAGUUUACAAUGUGUUGGCAGGGUUGUAGGAGAGCAGAGACAAAGAUCACACUAAUGUCAGUCUGAUGCUUUAAUGAAGAUAUUUUUGUUGCGUUGUCAGAUUUCCAAGAAACUCAAGUAUUCAUUGUUCUGUGAGCAAAAAUCCUAAUCAUUGUGUGACCCCUGACCUUUCAUCUAGAGCAUAACGUUCUGCUGGAUCCUUGUUCUUCCUCUGCAUGUGCAUACACUGUAUUUUACAUGCACCAUCUUUGUGUCUUCUGCCAACUGACAACUACAUUUAAGUUCAUGCAAUUCACAUCAGGUCCUUGUGUUUACUGAGUGGUUAGAGAUGAGUUUUUGCGAUAGAGUGCCUGCCUCAGCCAGUGUGAAGGUGUGUGUUUGUUUAUGUGUGUUUGUGUGCAUGACGAAAAAUGUUCCUGUGGGAUGUGUGUGUUGGGAAGUAUUGAGAGAAAACACGAGAGGUUUUAAUGUGAGGAUUAACUGUGUGUUGUAACUGUGGAUGUUUUUGAAUCAAGUGUGUUGCUGUCAAUCCGAGUCAAUGACUGUGUGACCGUAAAGGCACAAAUAAACUGUUUGCAUCCAAAAAAA